AAUGGAUCCUGAUGAGUUUAACGAUAUUCAGUCACGAUUGUACAAAUUGAUUCCGAAGCAGACCCAAGACAUUGUUGCCACAGCGAUUUUUCUAGUCGUUUUGCCUGUUGGUUUUCUUAUAAAUAUCUUCUGCAUAAUGCCGUUUUGGUAUCCGGCCUUCGGAGAAGCAUGGGUGAUUCGAGUGUCCUGUUUCCUUGUUUUGGCAUUCAACGUAUACAUGAACUGGUACAAAAUGGUGACAGUAGGUCCGAGUGGAUUGAACCCAGAACUUCCUAAUGUUGUUAAAGCGGGUUUCAGGUACUGUCAUUCCUGUCAUACCAAUGCUCCUCCCCGUGCUUACCAUUGUCCAGUGUGCGACAAGUGUUGCUUCCGUCGUGACCACCACAGCUCGUUUGGUGCCGUCUGCGUUGGGCAUUUCAAUCAGAGCGGAGAAACUGUUUUGGGUAUGGUUUUGCUUUUUGGGUUACGCUUAUAUGAUUCUUUGACAUUUUCUGUUUCUUAG